UGAGCCUCAGCUCAUGUGACACAAGUCAAUACAGGAACAAAAUGGCUGCAACGGGGGACGACGCCGCAGCAAUGGACAGCAUCUCCCGGGCUCCAGCGGCACAGUUAGCGGCUCUGAACGCGGCUGCAAGCGCCAGCAGUCAGGCAGACGCCCCUGAGGAUGUAGCAGAAAUUCCGGCUGUUGCUCCCAAAAAGACCAGCACAAACAGUGAUGGUGGUGUGGAGACAGCAGAGGAGGCUGUGGAGCCUGCAGAGCCUGAUAUCAAUGAGUUAUGCGCUGACAUGUUUGAAAAGAUGGCAAUCGUCCUGCAAGGAGAACUAACUGGAACUUGUGAAGAUUACCGUCUGUUGGAAAACAUGAAUAAGCUUACCAGUUUGAAGUACAUGGAAAUGAAGGACAUUAGCAUCAACAUCAGCCGUAACCUGCAGGAUCUCAACAACAAAUAUGCCAGUUUACAGCCCUACUUAGACCAGAUUAAUCAGAUUGAGGAGCAAGUGUCUUCACUUGAACAGGCUGCAUACAAACUGGACGCGUACUCCAAGAAACUGGAGGCCAGGUUCAAAAAGUUGGAGAAGCGAUGAGGGGGAAAAGAGGCAAACUUUUGAGUUAUGAUGCCUUCUCACCUUCCUUGACCCUGCCUCGCCUUCUUCUCUCCCUGCAAGUGGAGUCAGGAGCUGCGGGGAGGAUGUGAACUGAGACUGAAACAACAAACAGUCAGAGCCACUUUGACACCUAGAAAGGACCCAGGAAGAAGCAGCUCAAGGCACAUGAAUUAGUACCAAAGUGCUUGGCUUAGAUUUAACUCCAGUAUUGAUUUUGGCAGCAGUUAAAACAGCCAAGAUGAACAAGAGUGUGUGUUGGUCAGCCACAUUUUUUUGCAGAAACACUGUAUGUUGAAUAAAUCGGCCUAAUUACUAGCAUAUUUUGACUGAAUGGGGGAAUCAUAAUAUACUGUGUACUAACACAAGUAACCAAGCACAUUGACAGAGGUUUGUAUGACUAAUGUAAAUACACUAUUGUUGUAUGUAGAUACAUGAUGAAGCAUGGUCACAGGUUUUUCAUUUAAAGUUCCAGCCUUUCUAUUUUGAUCCUUUAAGAAUGACAUAUUUACACUUAGUAAUAUUAUCCCAACAUGUACAUUGAAAUAUUUGUUUUAAAAUAUUUUCUUGUCCACAGGGUGGAUACUACCAGAAACUGGUCUAAAAGAGUCUGCUAUAAAAAUGAUUACUGUUUGGAAACCAGCUGGAAAUGAAACCAUCUCGGUUAGCAAGUGUAAAAUGUGCACUUAAAAAAUAAAAGGUAUAUGAUAAAUAAUUAUUGUAUCAUGUCUAUUGGGACAUUUUGAAACUGACAACUGGAGUUUUUGUUUUGUUUAAUAAACCAUGUGCAUAUCA